UCUCGCGGGUGCCCUUGUGCAGAGAGCGGCGGAGCGGGUAUCUGAAUCCCGCAGGCUGCACAACGACCUGCUAUCCGGUAACGCGCGCGCGGUCCCCUUACCGCGGAGCGCGGCGCCUCCGGGACGCUCGAAUGCCUGCUCGGGGCCCGGCUUAUCGCGGGCAUCUGCGAGCCUCCUGCCAACGGGCCUGGCCGUGCCCACCCUGGCCCAUUUCUGGGCGGGGGACCGGAUUUUUUCCCAAGUACACUCGGCUUGCGACUUAGUGGUGCCUCUGCUACGUGGGAUUUCAUUUUGGACCCAGGAGUUUCAGGACCGAGGCCAGCUCCGCCAAGAGGGAAAUGUUAAAAUCCACACCCCAUCAAGCCAAAGGGCGGACCCAGGACAGAGAUCCAGAAAUGGCAGGUGAAAAACAAAUAAAAUAACUGGACGCAUUGCCACACUUUUCCCUCCAGCUGGGAACGCCGGUGAAAGAUCACAGACGGUAACUACCCCGAGUGGAUUCUCUAAAGCCAGCUGGGCAACGUGCUUCUUUCUACGCUCACAGCGCAGGUGGUUCGUGGGCUCUCGGUCACUGCAUGUAAAUCUCCCCCAUGAGAGGUGACCUGGUCACCCGCCUGACCGCGCCCACGCUCGCGGGGAUCCCGGCCACCGGAGCCCUCCGAGGAGGCAGAUGGCAAGAGGCCUGGAGGCUGGCUCCGUUACCCCCUGCUAGAUCAAGUGGCUGCAGCGCCGGCGGCUGGAGGGCGCCCGCAGAGAGAAAUCGAGCACCAUGUUCAGAAAGAUCCACUCCAUCUUCCAGGAGCGGAAGGCCGCGGCGGAGGAGAGCCUUUACUACGGGGGCGCCAGCCCGGCCGUCAGGCUCCUUCGCAGCAGCUCGGUGUACGUGGUUGGGGACCACGGGGAGAAAUUCAGCGAGUCCCUAAAGAAAUACAAGAGCACCAGCAGCAUGGACACCAGCCUGUACCUCCUGCAGCGGGAAGAGGACCGCGCGUGGGUGCAUUCGCGCACCCAGGACUGCCUGCAGUACCUGCAGGAGCUGCUGGCCCUGCGCAAAAAAUAUCUCAGCAGCCUCAGUGACCUGAAGCCCAGCCGCGACCCGGGGAUUUCCUCGACGUCCUCCAAAUCCUCCAAGGGAGGGAAAAAGGCCCUGGUCCGGGCAACCCCGAAAGAAAUAAAGCAGAAAGCCACCACCAGGAAAUACCUGCAGUUCAGUGCGGAUGUGGCAGAGGCCAUGGCGUUCUUUGACUCCAUCAUUGCGGAGCUGGAUACAGAGAAAUGGCCCCAGGCUGCUGAGACGGACCCACAGAAUGAGGACGUGGACUUCGAUGUGGCCACCAGCUCGCGGGAGCACAGCCUGCACUCCAACUGGGUCCUGCGGGCACCAAGGAGACACUCGGAGGCCACCGCUGAGCACGCCAUGCACUCACUCCACGGCCCGUUCCCAAGGGGCACGGAGUGGAGGACCGUCGGCCUGCAGAGAAGACUCGAGAGGCACCCCAUUUACUUGCCCAAGGCUGUGGAAGGGGCACUCAGCACCUUGAAGUUUAAGCCCAAAGCCUGCAAAAAAGAGCUGGGGAGCUCCAGACAGAUCCUCUUCAACUUCUCUGGAGAAGACAUGGAAUGGGAUGCCGAGCUCUUUGCCCCGGAGCCCCUGGAGUCCCCCGGGGAGGAGUACUACGAGACUGAGAACCCCAAAGGGCAGUGGCUGCUUCGAGAAAGACUCUGGGAGCGGACUGUGCCCUGACUCCUUUCAGGUCCCUCGGUCUUUCUCAGCCCGACCCAGAGAAGGUGACAGCUUUCAGCGUUAGAUAAGGAGAUCAGAGCCAAGAAAAGCCCUUCAAUGCACUGGUGCCCAAUUAGUGCCAAACAGACCUGCGGCCUCCCAGGGGUUUGCCUCAGGAUACUUCUGGAGCCUUGGUGUCCUGGUAGGGGCAGGCUAAUGGGUCAUGACAGCCAGGCUGGACUUUGAUAACAGAAGGAGCAGAAGGUAGUGGAGCUGGGGAGCCCCUGCUUGUUCCUGUCUGCUCCCCUGGUCUGUCCCUGGGGGCCUGGUUCUCCUGUGUGUCUGUCCAUCAUGCUCAGUGUGCAAAAAGAGCGCACCUAUGCAUCUCUGGGCCAAAGUUUUGAAAGAGGCAGUUUUUCUUUCCACGGGGCCCCAAAACACAGUGGGUGUGGACUGAGGUGGCCUUCUCUUUUUGCAGAACAUAGUUGGAGAGGCAGCUCCGUUGGCCCUAACCCUUUACACAGUUUUUCCUUCUCCUGGGUUAGGCUGAAGGUGCAACCAGGGCCUUGGCAGUGGGUGGAGGAGGGGGUGCAGCAGAGCCCACCCCCAGCCCACUUCCCACAGGGAAUUGGCUGGGCAAGAGGGAGACGGAGUCAUUAGUUUUCUCACUAAUUCUUCCCCAGACAGUCUGUGCUUCUCCCCUCCCCAAAUUAAGUGGGGAACCAAAUCACCAAGUUCUUUUGUUCUACAAAGAAUUUCUGGUUUUCAGGAACUAUCUGAAUCAUAAUUACAUUUCUCACAUAUAUUCUUUGCAUUUUAACAUACUUUUUUUUGCAUAUAGUUGUGCCCACUUGAGUUUGAGAACCAGUGGUUUGGAGAAUACAUUAUGGCCUGUCCAUUCUUGCGGUCGCAGUUGACUUGUCUGGGGGAGGGUGGCGGCCGGUUGCUAAAUCCUAGGCUCCCAGGAUUGCUCCGAGGGUACCGGCGGCGGGGGCUCUUUCCCGGAGGCGAGGGCGAGGCGGGGGA